AACAGACAACACCAAUCAACUUGCACUUAUUACGCCAGUCGUAUGUCAUCCGCCGCACGAAAAAGGUGUUUGAGGUAUUUUGACAACUUUUACGCGAUGCGCCAUCGAGCGAGAUAGAGUGACGAUAUAGUGUAAAGUGAAUUAUAAUUUAUAAAAAUGCUCGCGGACGGUGAAAUUGUUGGUGACGGAUCAUGGAACCUCACGAUCUAUGUUACGGACUUGAACGAGAAGCGUACGAUGGUCGUGAAGGGAGAUAUGCAUAUCGGAGGGGUUAUGCUCAAGUUGACGGAGAGCUUCGGUAAAGAUUUCAAAAAGGAUUGGUCAGAUCACGCACUUUGGUGGCCCACACGCAACAAAUGGCUAUCCAGACCGAAACACACGCUGGACCAGUACGGAGUCCACGCAGAUGCUGCACUCCACUUCACUCCGAUGCACAAGCCUCUGAGAAUACAGCUCCCAGACUUGAGAUAUAUCGAUUGUAAAAUUGACUUUUCUAUCGAUACGUUUAGUGCUGUAAUGCAACUUUGCAAAAGUCUUGGUAUACGGCAUCCAGAAGAAUUAUCAUUAUGCUAUCCUUUGGAACCGUCUCACUUAAAGCAGAAUUACCAGAAUUUGAAAGAGGCUAAAAAGAUAAAAUCAGUUCAGGCUCCAGACACGAAUACGUUCAUUGCAGCCACAAGAGGUUCUUCAAAUAGUUUGGAUAGAUCUCUGGCGUGUCCUGCUACACCACCGCCUCCUAGAUCUUUAUCUGCUACGCCCGUAGCAUCACAACAGAAUGGAACACUGCGUCGCUAUGGUGGCCACAUCUAUAGUACACAGAGCGAUGGCUCUAGCGACGGAGGUUAUUGCGGAACCCCACCACGAGCGGCAUCUCUCGACGCUUUGGAUUCACUUGCGGAGUUGUCUUUGGCCGAUUCUCCCCUUGAACCAGAUAGCCAAUCGAGGGAGUCACUUCUAACACCGAAAUCCUUGAUGGAACGCGCUAGAAUGAACGUUGGCUGGUUAGAUUCAUCAUUGUCUAUCAUGGAGCAAUAUGUACGGGAAUGGGACACUCUACAACUUCGUUUCAAGUUCUAUUCGUUUUUCGAUCUUACCCCGAGGGCUCAGGAUGCAUCGAGACUGAACCAACUUUACCAACAAGCUCGUUGGCAAAUUCUCAAUCAGGAAGUUCAUUGCACAGAGGAAGAGAUGUUACUGUUCGCUGCACUUCAGCUCCAAAUUGAAUUACAAACGUUAGCUGGUGGUGGCGUGGAUGCGAAUGAUGGAUCCCAAGGCACUGGAGCAGCAGCGGCUCCGGAAGACGAAAUUGAUGCUGCGUUAAGUGAACUGCAAGUGCAGUUGGAAGGAGGUCCACCAGCUCGACCUGACAUCACACAUGUGCCUGAACUCGCUGGAUAUUUGAAGUACCGAGGACGUCAGCGUUUCACACUGCGGGCGUACAAGCGCGGCUGGGUGUCGUGUCGCGACGGCGUGCUGCGCAUACACGCCUCGCGCGACGCCGCCGCGCGCGGGGACACGCCCUCCUACGCCGUCGAGCUCAGGGGCGCCGAGGUAACACCAGACGCACAUCCAGCUUCUGGUCGAUAUGGCAUCAAAUUGGAAGUACCCGCCGAAGAUACGAUGCAUGAAAUGUGGCUGAAAUGUGAGAAUGAGGACCAAUAUGCCGAAUGGGUGGCGGCUUGUCGUCUGGGCUCCCGCGGUCGGUCGCUCGCCGACUCGGCCUUCACCACUGAAGCGGCUGCGGUUAAGACCCUGCUCGCUCUACAGCGGCCCCAGCCCGCAGCCGCGCUGAACCAGCACAGCUUGCCUCAUCUCGAUCACCUGCAGCCAGAGAACUACUUGGCGCCGCGUUUCCUUAAGAAGUUAAAGAGCAAGUUUACUCAACGCGUUUUGGAGAGCCAUGCGAAUGUAAAGGACCUGCCGCUGUUGGAAGCGAAACUGCAAUACAUCAAGACUUGGCAGAAUCUUCCAGACUACGGUCAAACGUUAUUUGUCGUACGUUUCAUGGGUCACCGCAAGGACGAAAUCAUCAGCAUCGCUAACAACCGCAUCAUGAGACUUGACCCUAACACCGGCGACCAUAUUAAAACAUGGCGUUUCAGUACCAUGAAGGCUUGGAACGUGAACUGGGAAAUAAAACACAUGAUGGUACAAUUCGAGGAGGGCAACAUUAUCUUCUCAGUUCAAUCAGCUGAUUGCAAAGUCGUCCAUGAAUUCAUCGGAGGAUACAUAUUCCUCUCGAUGCGUUCAAAGGAUGCAAACCAGACGCUCGACGAAGAACUAUUCCACAAAUUGACCGGUGGUUGGACGUAAGAUUUUAUUAAAUAUGAUAAAUAUUAAUUUAUUAACAGGUAACAUUAUCUGUAAAGAUUAUAUUUUUCGGGAACUACAGCCUUGUAUGCGUGCCUUGAAUGUCUUGACAUCCGUAUUUCUGUAGCCUGGUGCUAAAAGGACCAAUGUCACUAACCCUUCUGAUAAACAGAAUAAAAAUGAACAGGUAUUGAUUGUUUUAUUUAACAUAUGACUUUUUGCAUAGCGUUAUAGUGAUGGUAUUCGUUAAUGUUAAGCUUAUGCCAUGUGGUAUAAAUAUAUAGAUUUGGCAAAUGAUACAAUCUUUACGUUUUAUGAAAAAAUGUACUUUGGCCCUUUUAGUACCAAGUUAUACAUCUGUAAUAGUAUUUUGGACAAGUUUACCACUAUUUAAGUAUUUUGAUGUAAAAAACUAAACUUCAGCACAAUUUUAUUAGAAUUAUAAAUAACACAUAUAUAAAGGUUGUCUCAGAAGAGGUCUAUGCAUGAAUAAAGUUAUUUUUUAUAUCGAUUUAAUAAAUAAAAAUGUUUUAUCUUUAGACUUUCAAUAACUAGAUCUUAACAGUAGUGCUUCCAUUUCAAUAUUAUUAAAUUGCCAAAUAUACUGGACGCAGAUCUACUAUAUAGCCUCGACUUUCUACAUCACUUUAAUUUACUAUAUAUAUAUUUUUAAUGUCAAUUAAAAUAAUUUUAAGGAUCUUCAUUGGAUAUGAGCUUCUAUUUUGUAGAUGAUAAAGUUUAUUUUAGCUAAGCUGCGACUUCUCAUAGAUUUAAAAAUCAGUAAACAAGUGCCAUCACACCAAUAUCCGACAAAUUUAAAUGUUCAUGACUACAAUAUGGUGCUUUAUAAUAAAUAAAUAGAAUUAAAUAAAUACGAGUGGCCUUAAUGUUCAUAAGAGAUUAAUAACUGCUUUCGCUGAUUAAGUUUAUGAUUUUAUUCAUUGUAAAUAACAUUCAACUAGGCUUACUCCAGUGUAACGUAUUUAGAUGACAAUUAUAUAAUGAUCGCUUGAAAAUGUGUACCUAUGAACUGCAAAGAUAUAUUAUUGUUGACUACUAGUCUCAUUGAAACGGCAUGAAAUGCUUAUCAAGUAGAGAUAAUGCAUGGUGAAAUAUUAACAAUAUUACAAAAUAUUAUACAAAUUAUUGUACAAAUGUAC